AUGAAGUUCUUCCCGGCUUCAGUGAGCAGGCGUCUUCUGCCGAUAAAAGUCCACCACUUUUUCUACAUUGCCGCGAUUGCUUGCGUGCAACCCUACUCAACAGCUGUGGGUCGUGAAAAUGGCAUUGCUGAGACCACCAUAGCCUACAUAUUUACUUUCAUACCUCUGGUUACCGUACUCUUCAAGCCAAUCUGCGGCUUCAUCAUCGACCGAACACAAAAUGUCACAGCAGUAUUGUUAACUUUGCAAACAAUCACUCUUGUAUCGUUCGGAGUUGUGUUUUCAAGCCAAUACAUCCGGACAGGAGAUACGGAUCUGAGAGGACAUCUGUCAUGCCCUCAAGGAAGAGUGACACUUCAGAACGCGGCUUCGAGUUGCGCAGUUCAGUCACUGAUGUGGAACAUCUCUUGCUGGCGAAGCCUGCCAGAUGCCACCUCAUCUGACAUCCAGAUGGAAUUUGUCCUCGGCAACAAUGCCACCGACAUCUGCAAGAUUCUGUUGAAUCGGACGGCCGGCGAAGACGAGGAAAGCUGCGAAUUGAACUGUUCAUGCCAGGAACGCUCGCCCAGGUUGCUCGCGUUCUACCUUUACGUGGUGUUCGUGGUCAUAGCGUCAGUGCUUUCUGUGACAGUGUCCGUUAUAUCGGAUGCUGUGACCUGUGAGUUCUUGGGCGAUAACGCCAAGUCUUUUGGACAGCAGAGGCUUUGGGGCGCCGUGAGCUAUGGACUCUGUAGCGCUUUUCUGGGAUUCUUCAUUGACGAAGCGAACAAGUUGACGAAAGGACGCUCCGGAUACUUUCCAUGUUUCAUUCUAUUUUCUGUGUUAUUGCUGCUAGACAUGUUUCUACUCUGCUGCAUCCCGCGAUGGACAAUGGAAAAGGUAACAGCUACUUUCUUUAGGGACGUCAGGGCGGUUCUCAGUCGCCUUGAUGUGGCCAUGUUCGUCCCUUGGGCGUGUCUUCUUGGAACAUUGUUCAUUAUCACGCAAUCCUACACCACUUGGUUCUUAGAAGACAUGGAAGCAUCAAAGCUCAUCAUUGGGCUAUACACUUUUGUGAGCACUUUGGUGGAAGUUCCCUUGCUGUUUUUCUCGGAGCCGAUUCUGAAACGAACCGGUUGUUUCUCGGCGUGUUCACUAGCAUUUGCAUCGUACGCGGUGUCGUACGUUGGUUGCACGUUUGUUCGUAACCCGUGGUUCAUGCUGCUGACAGCCAUCCCCAAUGGUGCCGCCUUUUCUCUGGCGGUGUCCUCCAUCACGGUGUUCGCCAAAGAGGCCGCUCCAUCAGGGACGACAGCCUCCGUGAUGUGCAUCCUGAGCGCCUUGGGCUUCAAUGGUAUCGGUAAGUUACCGUUGUAG